GAAGACGAUGGCAGGCGAUGGCGCCAUAGCCAGAGCUCAAGACGAGCUCAUCGGCGAGCAUGGCCGUGGCCGAGUCCUGAUCGGUACCAGUCGGCCGGUUGAAGAAACAGUGUCAGGGGCGCACGGCGGGAAGUCACACUGGGUUGCGAAGUAAAUUGCGAAUGGUAGGGUUUUGAAGGUUCUAUUUGAGUGUAGGAGUUGGAAAGGCUAGGGAAACCCUAGCCUGGUAGCUAUGGAUCACUUGACGGGGGAUGGGCGGGAAGAGGAUGAUGAGGAGACGCUGAGAGAGUGGGACAUGGAAGAUCGGGAUGAUGGAGCUGGGCAGCAGAGACAUGAGGAAGAGGAAGAGGAAGAGGAGGUGGAUGAUCAGACUAGCGUGAACUUAAUGAAUAUUAUGUCGGAGAAGCUCGUGAAGGAGCCUGUCAAAGUGCGGGUGCACGACAUUGAAAUCAGAGGGAAUGUCAAGACGAAGGAUAGUGUGAUCGAGGCACAGCUGAAGGAGCUCAGGGAAGUGGAUACCAUGCAGGAGCUUCUCCAGGAAUGUGUGCGUGCGAAUUCCCGCCUGCGAGCCCUUGGCAUUUUCGACAAGUGCGUGAUUACUCUGGAUGCUGGACCCCAGGAGCUCCCUGGCACGGCCAACGUGAUUCUUGAAGUAGAAGAAGUGAAACGACUAUUUUCGGGUGACCUUGGAAUGUUCUCUAAACCUGAGACAAAAGCAUGGACCCUGGAAGGGACAGUCAAGUACAAAAAUCUGGCUGGCCUAGCCGAAACUUUGGAUGCUACAGGAUGUUAUGGCCUGGAUACAACUUCUGAACUUAGUGCAGGUGUCACUUACCCAAGAUUUAAAGGAUUGCCGGCGUCUUUGGCGACCCGGCUCACCCUCCUAACACAAGACUGGCAACGUUAUUCUUCCUACAGGGAGCGUCUGACUGGAUUCUCGGUGGGUUUAGUAGGUGAUAAUCAGCACGACAUUUCCUACAACCUUACCUGGCGUGACCUCAAGGAUCCCUCACGUAGUGCCUCCAAAUCGGUAAGAAGACAACUCGGCCAUAGUCUUCUUUCGGCAGUUAAAUACACAUACAGGAGGGAUACUAGAGACUCUGUAUUCCGACCUCGACGGGGAAUUGCUUUCAUCUCAACAACACAGAUUGCCGGGCUGGGACCUGAUGCUAAGCUUCUACGUUUUGCACGCCAGGAGGUUGAGCUGAGAUUGGCAAUCCCACUGGGCCUUGCGAAUGCAGCGUUGAAUUUAGGAGUUGCCGGAGGUAUCAUAUUACCGUGGGGACCAGGAUACAAAACGAAAGCAACCCCAAUAGGUGAUCGUUUUUACGUGGGAGGUCAUUCGUCACUGCUUGGUGAAUUGAAGGGUCCAUCUGCUCUAUUGGGUUUUCGCACUAGAGGUGUUGGUCCUAAUGAGCUUCGUAGAACUACAGCCUCGCAGACAGACAAAGUGGACAGUGAAGUGGAAACAAGUCUCAAGAGGGACACUCUAGGUGGCGAUUUGGCAGUUUCUGGUUUCGCUGAUAUUUCUUUCGAUUUGCCAAUGCAAUUUUUGAAGAGCUAUGGAAUACAUGCCCACACUUUUGCUUGCGCCGGCAAUCUAGUUCCUCUGACGGGGAAUAACACUACCCAAUGGUCGCUUAGAAACUUUUUAUCUGGAUUUCGCGUCUCGUCAGGAGCUGGAAUUGUGAUUCCAACUAAAUUGUUUCGGCUCGAGGUUAAUUACUGCUAUUUGUUGCGGUACCAGGAGAAUGACCGUAUUAAACGAGGCGUUCAAAUCAGCUUGAAUUCACCGCAAUGACCGAUACAAUAUCGCAGCCAUAAUAACUUCGGGGGUUUGGGCAUGAGGUUGCAGACUAAUUGAGUAGGUUUGAAUAUUUUAGUGCGUCUCACGUUGUUAGGUAUUGCUACAACGUGUCACGAUGGCUUCAAGCACCUAUUCUUUUCUACCUUUUUGACAUGGUUCAAUGUCGAGUUCUUGGCUUUCUGUUACAAAUGCCCGAAAAAAGUACCAUUUUUAUAUGCGCUGCUUCAGAUUGUGUAGUCGUGGGUUCGUGUGGAUCAUACUUAAUAAUGAAUACUCUUCUUGGAA